GAAGGUUCGAGAAGAGGAGAUGAAGAGACGAGACGAUCAAUUUGAGAGGCCAUUGUUGAAACAUUGAUGAAGCUUGUUGAGGAUUUGUCAGCCGAAUACUUGCUAUUCUAUUCCGAACCACGAGAUCAACCUCUUUGUAGACCUCUUCAGCAGAUUUGAAGGAACGGCGAUAUACCAAGUAGCCCAUAUCGAGUCUUCAUGGAAAAAGAGCAACCAUAUCAGCUUUAAGGCACAUGCCGUAUUCCAAAAAGAUAAGUCCUUCAAUCCCAAUCCUCCUUCUUCUUUGCUUCGAGUUACACUAUCCCAUGCUACCUUAGCAGAUGAAGGACUGUCUGUUUUUCCUUUCCACAGAAACUUAGAGCAAAGAGAAUUAAUUUCAGCAAUACAACCUUUGGGAAGAAUGAUGGAGCUGGACCAAAAAUUUGUAAUCCCUGCAAUAACAGAAGAUAGCAAUUGCAGCCUGCCAGCAUAAGAUGAAGAUUUGGUGGUCCAAGAGUGGAGUCUCGAUUUGAUUGACUGGAUUAGAGGAGCACAUUGCAAGAUGGUCAGCUUUUUUGUGCACAGAGGAACUCCAAGGUAACGAACUGGAAGUGUUCCUGUAGUGAGCAAGGCCAGACCUUGACUCAAAAUCCUUUAACACUUCCAAGAUAGCUGCAACAGACUGUAGAGACCCAUCUGUGAAGAUGAGAAGAUCAUCUGCAAAGCAAAGUUUGGAUAGCUUUCACGCUGCUUUAAACGGUCUUCUUCCUAAAGAUAUCCGUGUCAGAGAGCUGAGUGCAGCGGUUCCUGAGUUCCAUGCUCGGUUCUCUGCCCAGAGCAAGGUUUACCGCUACCAGAUAUACAAUGACACUUUCAUGGACCCGUUCCAGCGUUAUUGGGCAUACCACUGUGCUUAUAAACUGAAUGCUUCUAAAAUGCGGGAAACUGUAGAUCUUUUUGUUGGAAUGCAUGAUGUCUCUGCAUUUGCUAACGCUACACGGGAAGAUGGAGUACCUGAUCCUUUGAAAAGUAUAUCUCGCUUCUAUGUCAUUCAAAUGGGAUCUCUUCUACAGCUUGAAGUUGAAGGUUCAGGCUUUUUGUACAGACAAGUCAGAAACAUGGUAGCUUUGUUGAUUCAUAUUGGAAAAGAAUCUCUGGAUUCUGACAUCGUCCCAAUGAUUCUGGAAACAAAAGACAGGAGGGUGCUUGCAAAGUAUACUACUUUGCCUGUGCCGCCUCAUGGUCUUUGUCUUGUGUCUGUUAAGUAUAAGGAAGAUCAUUUAAAGCUUCCAUUGGAUUGUCCUGUAACUAGUUUUGGUAGACAUCACACUAUAACAAAAUGUAAACUUCCCUUCUAUUGAAUCAUUCUUCUGUUUAACAUUUGAAACUGAAUAAUUAUAAUAUUGUCUAUUUACUUU